AUGGCUGCUUCUACUGGACCCUACACCUUGCCCCCGCUUCCUUAUGCCUACAAUGCCCUCGAACCCGUCAUCUCUCAGCAGAUUAUGGACCUCCACCACAAGAAGCAUCACCAGACCUAUGUCAACAAUCUCAACGCCGCAUUAGCAAGCCAAGCCAAGGCCACCCAGUCCAACGAUAUUAGUGCCCUCGUGUCGCUGCUGCAAAAGAUCAAGUUCAACGGCGGUGGACACAUUAAUCACUCUCUAUUCUGGGAGAACUUGACCCCGCCGGACUCUGAUGCGAGCAAGCUCGAGACUGCUGCGCCCACCCUGCACAAGGCCAUUGUUUCCCGCUGGGGCUCAGAGCAGGCGUUCAAAGAUACAUUUAGCGACACCCUGCUUGGUCUUCAGGGUAGCGGCUGGGGCUGGCUCGUGAGCCGUGGCAAUGGAGGCAAGCUCGACAUCACGACUACCAAGGACCAGGAUCCAGUGACGGCGCCAGAGGUUCCCAUUUUUGGAGUUGACAUGUGGGAGCAUGCAUACUAUUUGCAGUACCUGAACAACAAGGGCGGUUACGUUAGCCAGAUUUGGCGCGUUAUUAACUGGGCCGUUGCUGAGGAGAGAUACAAGCAUGGUAUCGACUCAAGCAAGACGUUCAAGCCUGCUAUGUAA